AAACUGUCUCUCGUGGGCCACCGUAGCACUAUCGGCGCAUGUGUUAGAAAUUCAAAUGAUCAUACUGAAUCCGUUGUAACUCCAGUCUUUUACAGCGAAUAAAAGAUUAUGUCUGUCCAACCAUCAAAUCCCAACAAUCCGAUCGUGUUCUUCGACAUAACCAUCGGAGGGCAGGUGAGUAGAUUUGAGAGUUACAUCAAGACGGCCAUCACUUCCGAGGUUUCUUCAAAUGACGUAGGGGCAUUUGAAGAAAGUAAUUUUGUUAAUUUUGAAGUAAUUUUGAUUCACGCAAAGGUAAAUGAUUUGUAAACGAUAGUGUUGUCUCGUGCCAUUUCGUAUUACAGGGCUCUCGAGUUUUGAACUAAGCUUUAGAGUGAGAGGUUCCACAAACGUGGAGAUACUUAAUCCUAUGGUACAUCAGCAUUACACUGUCAUGAGUAUCAGAACUUUAAAAACAAUAUAUAAGAAAUGCUGCUUUUGUGGAGGGGAAAUGGCUGUGCAGAGGCUAAAUUCAUCAAUACAGCUGUUAAUAGCAAUAGCAUAAGCCUUUAGUUUAUCAUAUGAGUUUAUAUGCCAUGAGGUGUUGAGAUCUCUGCAUGUGUAGGUUACUGACUUACUGAAAUCUUCGGGUCUUUCUCGUCCUCAUGAAAACCUGCUCUAUUUCGGCGACUGUCUGUCUUCUUUUGUAGUCAAACCGCAAGAUAUCAAAAUCUACCCGGAUACAGCAAUGCUGCUUUUUCAUUGGCUGUUCAGUAGAUAUACUGUAUUUGAUUGGCUUACGCGUGGCACGCAGCUUCUGAACUCUUGGAGGAACUUUCGACCUGUUCCAUUGUUAAAGAGGUACAACUUGUGGACAUCACCAUGUCCAUUUAAAUGCGUGAGAAAUUCAAUGUGUGGCGUGUGAGCGUGUGAACGGGUGGGAAUGCGUGUGUCACACGCUGAAUGCGUGAGACUUGAGAGCCCUGGUAUUAUAAUCGACCUCUUGCAGUGUAAUCACGGUACAACGUUAAUCGAUGAAAUGGUUGUUGUUAGUCGGCAUUUCCCCCUGAGUACACAAAAAAUCGUCCACUUCUAUUGGGAACCGUUAGACAGAGUUUUACCUGGUUAUUCAUCCGAAGUUUUUUUUUUUUUUAACAAAAAACUGCAGCUCAAGAUAACUCAGACACUAGUAGCCGUUCUUGUGCAAACAGCUACUUGGGAUACAGUGGAUAUAAAAAAUCUACACACCCCUGUUCAACUGCCAGGUUUUCGUGAUGUAAGAAAAUGACAGCAAGAUAAAUAUUUUCACAACUUUUUCCACCUUCAAUGUGACCUAUAACCUGUACAAUGCAAUUGAAAAACAAACUGAAACCUUUAAGGGGAAAAAUAAAAAAUAGAAAAGUUAAAAUAACCUGGUUGCAUAAGUAUGCACACCCUUAAACUAAUACUUUGUUGCAGCACCUUUGGCCUUGAUUACAUCCAUUUUGUGCAAGCUACUAUAAUAGAAGGAAAAGGUGUAUAUAAGAGAUAAGAUAGUCCUUUAUUCAUCCCACGAUGGGGAAACUUGCUAAACCAUCUAUGUGAGAUCUCUGGUGUCUUGCAGUGACUAAGCUCUCAGAAUUAGUCAUUUUUAAAAUAUUUUUGUUAAUUUGCAGCACCUUAUAAUACACAAAACUGACGAAAGAAAAUAACUGUAUUCCUCUGCAGUCAGGAGAGUUACUGUGUGUACAUUAGAUUAACCAGAGGUACAUCAAGGAGUUUGAUGAAUACACCUUUCUGAAAACAUAGGUUUAAGGUUAUCAUUUCCACAACGUGAAUAUCUAUGUCAUUGGCUAUAUCUAUGUCAUUUAAAUUCUCAAUCCAUUUUUGUCUUAUAGAAUGUUCAGGCAGCAACCCAUGACUCUUCAUGGGUUUUUUUCACAAGCACAAAUCAAAGUCUCAGAAUUUUGUUUGAUUCUUGGACAAAACCUUGAAAUCUGCAUGGACAUGCACAGAUAGAAAUUAUUGUAGCACUGGAAAGUGCUUUCGUGCGAGCCCAGCUCUGACUUUUCCAAUUCACUGGUUGUUCACUCUGCAUUUUUUAUAGUUAUGGUUAUAAGUGAAAGACUGGAUCAAUGCAGAAAAACAACUCCUACCAUCAGGGGGCUUAGCUGCAUGGAUAAAAGACACAUUACCUGAGCAGUGGUCUUUGGUUACUUAUGUUAGGUUAUUUGUAAUCAUCAGUCAAAUAAACACAAAGUAGUUAUUGUCCCAAUUCUCACUAAAUUCAGUUACUGACAUUAUUUAUCAUUGUUUUAUGUCCAUAAUGGACCUUAUAAGGUAGCCUAUCCAGAGUACCAAGCAUCCAACCCAAUGCCACAAGUUAAAGAGUGAUCAAUUAUAGUAAAGGCCCAUGUUUUUAAUUGUUGAUCCUGGAUUUCAAAGACAGCAAUAUCUCUCAGUUUCUCCUCCUCCCCUGGUUACUCUACCAAAACUUGAACUCUUGGUUUGUGAAAGUCCUCUUCUUCGAUGUUCUUGUCUUCAGAGGGUGUAUGCAGAAACAGUGACCGGACCUUUUUUGUAGUGUUGCCUCAGUAUAGUUGUAAUGAGCACAGAUCUAGAUACUUUGGGAAACUGUUGGGUAGGAGACAUGAUGUGGAAUGAAUGUGGAAAAGAAAUGAUAAUGCAAUAAAUAAGAACAAUUUGUAGUGCAGCUAAAAAGGGCUCCUUCGUGUGCUGCUGUGGAGGUGAUACAGAUUUAUUGUUGAGUUUUUACAACUGCCAUAAACAGGGUUUCGCAAGUCUUAUCUUGGUUAAGUCUUUAUUUACACAUAUUAAACAUACUACAUUUAUACAUGAAGGGUGAGAGAGGUAAAUCCAUUAAAAUUUAGAACCCAAAGAACUGCCUACAGCUAUGUCAUGAUUCAACAGUUCUUUGAUAACUGAUAAAUUCCAAGACAAUGACACAUAAAGAAUACUGAUUUAUAUGAAAUACCCGGUAAAGUUAAAGGGCAAGGUUAGUGUUAUUCACACCUCUGGAAGGACACAUGUAGUAGCGUCACAGUGACUGAAACAGGAAGGAAAAUUGGUUUGGACUGCUGUAUUAAGUUUCAAAUUAAAAUCUUCAUUUUGUCAUACGUGAUACAGUAACUGCAUAGCAUAAGGAAGGAUGACAAUAUAUUGUUGUAUCAACAUUUUGUCCCACUUCUACUGUAAGUACAUAUUACACACAGAAAGGAUUGUUUUUUGUUUGUUGUGAUUGGUCAAACACAGCCAUGAGGUUUUGCUUCUGUUGUGUUCCAUGGCUCAAAUGCCAGAAGAUGUGCCAUGUGCAUAUAUUUUCAGGCAGACGACUGUACGGCCCUUGUGUUUUGCUCUUUACCCAAAACACCAAACCUACCAGUAAACUGUUGGCACACUCCAGCCAAAGAAUGUUGACAGUCAGGUAUGCAGGUACUGCGAAGCCAGCAAGCUGACACACCACAGACACUGCCAGAUAAGGCAUCCAAAACAAAGCAAAGCCCAGUGUCAAGCUGAACCACAGAGGGGGGCGUGGCCAGUCAGUCUCCUCAAGAUAAUUCAUCUCACUACUUUUUGUGUUGAUGUAGUUAGUUGGGGUGAACAACAAGUCACUCCUCUUCUUCUCUUGUUUUUCCCUUGCCGAAGAAAUCCUGUGAGCCUCCUUCACCCAGCAGGGGAUCAUUGAGCAAAAAGGCAGCAUUGUACAAAUGACUGCUGUGAAAAGUCCAUAAACAAAAUAAGUAAUCACUGAAGAGUCAUCCAGUCUACAAAAGACUACAUUUAUCCGUGUCGCAUUGCCUUGUUGCAUCAGUUCAGCUUUUACAGGAUCAACUUUGCAAGCAAUUGCUAGAAUUAACACCAGCAAUAUCAAGAUUGCAUUCUUUAGGAACUUGCAGAAAGAGCUUCGGUUACAAAGGGAGGCAUCUUCAAAACAGUAGUCCAGUAAGCCCAGGAACAUCAUGGGGAUUGGUAGUGCUCCAUAUAUUGCUGAUGCAUUAGCCAAGAUGAAGCACAGUGAUACAGGAGACUUUUCAGGUCCAAGAAACCACACAGUUGCCACAAAAAACACCACAAGCAAGUCAAUCAGUAGAAUAGACAGGCUGCACAUGUUUAAAAAGAAGGUGUAGAACUUCUGGCAGAAACAGUAAAAGACCAAUGUAUCCAGUCCCAACUUAGAAAUCACGAGUAACAGAUACUUCUCAGUGUUAUCUGUGUGAGAGCCAGUCCUUCCAUCCCAUUGUUCCAAGAUAGCCAUCAUUUAAACUGAGUGGCUUGUUUUUAACUGUACUGGCAAUUAAGUUAAUUUACUUGAAUGCACCAGUUCUCAGCUCAGCAUCAAGAUGCACCAGAGGAUGCUGGAAAAAAACAGAAAAGUGUUGGUUAGUAACUUUGGCACUGUUGAUCAAUGGAAUGUCACAACAUAGUUGACUUUAAAUUCUGUAGUCAUAGGGUAGGGUCUAAAUAUAAAUCAGUAGUACCCUCUCUGUCAACACUUUGCAAUGAUAAUGGAAGGUAAAACUGGUCUGCAAUCAACACCAGGCAACAUUUAACCAGCGAAACAGCAGAAAAAAAUAUACCACACAGUGAAGUCUGUACCUGUCCUAGUCCACAGAAUUUCUGGAGAGAUCCAGAUGCUUGCCCCUGUAGUAUGAGCAAAGGCUGUGCACACUUCCAUCGAGACUGGUCAUUAACUGUUAUCAGGUGAUGCAGUUAUUCUUUAAGCAGGUCUUUCUGGUUCCACCCUUUCAUUGUGAAUGCAAACAACCAAUGGGACACGCCUUCUGUAUCUAUGCGGAAGCCUGCCUGUUUUGCCUCAAAAGCCCCAAGAGGUGACUUCUACUUGUCUCAGUUUGCAUGUCCUUUUACAUGUAACCAGUAUGGAAAUGGAGCUUCUUCCAACAAUACUUUUUCAUUGAACCCACACCCUGCUGUGACUGGUUUUGUUCACCUGUGUGCUUUUACAAUUAUUCUAAACCAUAAGAAAAGGCUUCAAGUGUUAGAUACUGAAGAUUCAUGACUGUCCUAGAAAUACUUGCCUUGUAAACCCAAUCAGAAAGCCACUUGUUUAGAAUACUUACAAUACAAUUAUAGUACUUUAAAAAGUUGGUGGAGUCAUUAUCCACAACCAGCUAGCUGCCUUACAAAAAGCUCUGAAGAUUUUGUACCCAAUCCACAUGCUGCUGGUCAAGAUGACUUUAUCUGAUCAGUAACAAGACUUCAGACGGUGACAAUUUGAAUAUUCACGGCCAUGCACUGUAAGACACAAGUAACUAAAGGCAAGUUCCAAUGGGUGUGACUGUUCUGUUGCUCACUUGUGCUGGUAUAGAGUCCCAUGCACUUAACAACUUUUCUACUGUCCUUACAAUGGGGUAAUCUGAGGAUACCUCCCUAAUUUUAGCAUUCGUAAUUCAGCUUUGCAACAAAACUGAUUUAACACAUUAUGAAUAAAACCAAUGUAGACUCUCCACCUUGAUAGGUGGACAUUUAUGAAUCCGAAAAGCUCUUACCUUUCCUUAUACUCCACACAGAGAAACACUCCAGCUGACUGAAUGUUCUGCAGUUGGUGUAAGCUCCAUCUAAACACUUUUGUUUUUCAUUUAACUCACUGGAAACUAUAAACCUACAUCUAGAGCAUAGAUGGGAGAUCAACUGACAGUUUUCACUGUGAGCCAAGUGGAUUGAAGGGAGAACUGUGCUGUGACGUCGUGUACAAACUACUCUUUUUACACAAGCACAUUGUUUGUUUUCAUGGACACACACACAAAAAACACACACUUUGUUGUAACAGUGAGCCACUUGCAUGUCUCUCUGGGCUGUUGGAGGCCUGGUGAUCCAACACCCACACACGCAUGAUUUGUAGAAGAUUUAAUGUCUAGUAAUGUGCUGUAUCUAGACUGAAGUGCUCUCUGUUUUACUGUUUUUCACUAAUGUAUGCUUUGAGCACUAAAAAAUGCAACAGAAGGGCUUGCAUUGUUGAGAAUACACUGUUGCGUCCAUGUUUUCAGGGACAUUGAUGAAAAAUGGAAAGAUGUAACAUGAUGGAGUUUAUACAUUAUUGUGUCUGAAGCAAAAGACAUUAAGAAAUUCAUGAUAAGUUCUUUUGUGAAGCAUGUCUUUGAGCUGGAGGAGGUGUAACUGGUUUUUCCAGAUAAGGUUUGUGUCAAGGAUAGCGUGUUACUUUUUAUUCUGUAAAGUUUUGCCUAAGGCUGACCUGUUUUCCUCAUCUUUUCAGCAGUCACAUUCCUGUCUUAAAAGCUACCACUUAGUUUUGUAUAUUAGACUAGUGACACAAAGUUCCCUCCUCUGUUUUGUCAGGAUGUUGGGCGGAUGAAAAUUGAAUUGUUUGCUGAUGUGGUUCCAAAGUCAGCUGAGAAUUUCAGGUAAGGAGAAAUGCUGCUGAGAUCUCUCUGUCACGUGGUGAAUUAUUAUUGUUUUUAAUUAAAUAAAAGAGGCAGAAAUUAUACUGUCACUGAGCUCUUAAAGUUGUUACUAAAAAUCCGAUCCUCUCUUAUAGGCAGUUCUGUACCGGAGAGUUCAGGUGAGUCACUGAAGGGCAGUAAUCUUUAAUAGAAAGUAAACACUAUUCCAUCCAUCUCAGUACAACCGUUCCUUAACAUAAAUUUGAUUUGUUAUGAUUGGCAGUAGCCUUAUUACUUAAAUAUUUACAUGACAAACAUAUUUCUGUUUCAACUGUGAAGGAGGUUUGGAGAAACCUUACAAACAAAGGGGAUAACAGAACUUGAUUCAGGCCAAAAGAUGGUAUUUACAAUGUGCAGGUGCUCAAGAAAAAAAACGCACAGGUUAAGUGUUAUAUAUGAUUGAGUAAUAUUGUGGCUGGAGUGAAAAAGCACAAACAAACCAUAAGCAGAGAACAACAGUUGUGAAAUCAGCUGUGAUUAGGUUUUGCUUUUCUAAAUUUGCUUAUUUGAAGAAAGCUGAAGGAGACUUUAUCCUCCUCAAAUAAGUGUUUUUAGAGAUGUUAAAACAGUGUCAACUCUGCAACGAUAAAAAAAGACCAGAUAACUGGAUCAUGAGCUUUUUGUGCUACCAACACUUUUUUCACAGUGGUUCUAUUUGCAAAGAUGAUGGUCUCUCCAGUCAAAUUGAAGAACACACCUGAAGCUACAAUACAACAGCAUCAUUUCAAAAGUUUUUUAACAAAUACCAGCUGAAGACGAAUAUUCAUCUGCCUUGUAUUUUGUAUUUAUACAGUUCAGUUCAUUACUGUAUUAUUUUUCAUCAAUAUCAGUUUCAUGUUCUGUGUAAAACUUGUUUCACAGAAAAGAUGGAGUCCCGAUUGGUUACAAAGGUUGCACAUUCCACAGGUACAAACCAGAACAGUUUAUUUUGUGUUUUUGAUACUCUUCUUGAAUGUCUGAUGGAUUUAAAUGACUCUUGAUUGUUAAUUUUUUUAAUCAAAUUUUCAUUUCUGUGGGAACUACUGUCCUCGUUGCUUACUUCAUAACCUAACUGUGCUUUGGAGAUGGCCUCUCUGGGAUUAAGGCCGUUUAUUACUGAUAGUUAAUGUUUGUAUCCCAAUGCUAUAGGAGUCUCAUAAAUCAUGAUUCUGAACAGAAACUUUUUACUCACAAGGAAAUUUAUACUGUUUUGAUUGAAUAUAUAACCCAUGUAGAUUACUGUGUAUUGUUAUCACUAAUGAAAAGAAAAGGUUACACUUUUAAAAAUAGAUUAUUCCAGCAUGAUAAAGUUUUCUUUUUUCUAAUCAAAGAAAAUUUACAACACUGACAUGUUUGUACUUUUCAUUGCCAGGGUGAUCAAAGACUUCAUGAUACAAGGAGGGGACUUUGUUAAUGUGCGUAUAUACCUGUGUCUUUGCCUCAGUCAAAAAUGGCCUUUUGUGAACAGAGUCAACAGCACAAUAGUGUUUGCUUUGAUUGCUUAACCUCAGCUGAGUGGAUCACAAAGAUGAAAAUGAUGAUUUGAGUGAAUUAUAAACAACAAAACGUCUCUGACAGGAUUACUACAGGGAUUGGUGACAAUCUAAAUAAAUUAAUCAUUGGAUGAGUGCGUAAGUAAGUAAAUACACAAAGUGGUGUAUUAAAGCUUGGGACCUCAAAUUUAAUGACUAUGUAGUAGGUUUCCUCUGCUGCACAAAUAUUCAAAAUGUUGCAGUGAGGGAAUUUAAAAUUUCUAUCAAGCUCUUGAGAAAAUCACACACCAUUUCCUGUUAAUCAAUUAAAGUAAUCAAUGGGCUCUAUGCACAGCUCCACUACUUCCUGAACUAAAUUAACUCCUUUAUUUCCUGUCUUACAUUAUUGGACAAACUGAUUAAUCCAGGUGCGACUGAUCAUUGUGACUGCUCAGACACACCUGGAUUAAUCAGUUUGUCUAAUUAUGUAAGACAGGAAAUAAAGGAGCUGCCUUAAGCUCAGGAAGUAGUGGAUAGGGGCAUAGAGCCCAUUACUUUUUCAAUGAGACAAGCUGUAAAGACCCUCCCCUCUCUCUUUCGCCUCCUAGUGGAGAAGAUUUGCACGUACAUGUUUUGAGCCCCUCACAGUCUGUUUCCCUAUUUUGUUUAGGGUGAUGGAACUGGUAUCUGCAGCAUCUACAGAGGCCCAUUUGCAGAUGAAAACUUCAAAGUAAAGCAUUCUACACCUGGUCUUUUGGCCAUGGUAAGUAUGCUCAGAUGAUCAAAUGUUAGGGUCACUGUUUAAUCAGGACAUUGUCUGUUUCCUGUAGAUUCAGCCAAAUCAAGAUGUUUGUUUUUCCUGCAAUCAGUGAGCACGUUCUGUAAUAUCAUCUUUCAACCACUGAGAUUGAAUUAAUCAUUUCAAAUGGAUUUAGCCUCGGCCUGAGUACACAGUGGGAUUUGUUUGAUUAGGUCAAGUGAAAUAACCCAAACCAUCACUGAACAUUUUCCUAUUUUAAGGCUGCAUUUUUCUCAGUUAGAUUUUUCUCUUGUAGGCAAACAGUGGUCCAGGGACAAAUGGUUGUCAGUUUUUCAUUACCUGUGUUAAAUGUGACUGGCUAGAUGGGAAGCAUGUUGUUUUCGGUAAGUAAGACAACUAUGAAGUGUGUAUUUACAACUAUUUCAGCUUUUGAUUUUUGUUUUUCUAUUAUGAGUUUAACUAUUGUCUUUCCAAAUAUUUCAGGAAAAGUGGUUGAUGGUUUGCUGAUCAUGAGAAAAAUUGAGGUAAAAUCUCCAAUUACUUCCUUCAUAUGUUCAUUUAUUAUUCCUAUACUGUAUUGAUUCCAUGGGGCAUCUUAUGCUAGACUACUGCUCCUGGAUCGCUGAAGAUAAUUUGGGCUAAUUGACUUGAAUUCUUAUUAAAAAAUAAUAAGACCACUUUAAAGUGUGAAAACAGAAGUUUAUUCAAAUUAUAGUAAAAAAAAAAAAAAAAAAUAGCCCGGUAAAAAGACUGUUUACAACUUGUUGAUUUAGAGCCGUGGUUGUAAACUAAAUAGGUAUUUAAAUAAGAUUUAUUAGAUAAUUAUUAAUUUACUUAGUUAAUCCCGUGAUUAGAAAUUUGGGUGUGAGAUAAGCAGACUGAUAGUUCUUAAGCACUAGAAUAAAUUGAUGAUAGACACUGACAAGAAAUUAGACUAAGACUUUUUGUAUGACUCCACUAACACAAUAAAGACUUUAGGCCCACAUAGCUUUUUAAUCUUUUUAAGCUUUUUUACCUACAUUUAUUCUGUUUCUCUCUACAGAAUGUCCCCACAGGACCCAACAAUAAGCCUAAACUCCCCAUCGUCAUUGCCCAGUGUGGAGAGAUGUGAUUCAGCUUACUCUCAUCAAAACUAGAACCAGACAAGCUCUUUUUACAUGAAGUAGUUUCAUUGUUAUUUGUGAAUUUGUAGCAACUUAAACAUUCUUUUUAGGUGCUUCUGUAGAGUGUUAUAAGUUCAGCAGUUAUCAAGGCGAUUUUCUGAGAACAGUAUAUCUGGUUCUCAGAGGGCAAGCUGCUCCAUCAAAACUGAAAGCAAGACUGUUGUCCUUAUAUUUCAGCUGGGUUUUGGUAAUGAUAGGAUGAAACAUCUACACACUCAGUUAAAAUACAUCCAUCUAAACCACAUGUUUGACACAAUAAAUAAUAUAUUUCAGUGUUAAAGGGGACAGUUUUUGUAUAAUUCAAACUGUGUUUUCAUCUACUAACAAUAAAAUGUACAAAAUUUUUCUAAAUUUUGGAGGGUUUUGUGUUUUUUUUUUUAAUCAUUAACUUGAUGACAACAAGCCACAGGAAAUUCAAAAAACCUUCUCUGAAUAAUUUUGUGAAAUUGUCCUGUCAUUAGUGAAAGUAAUUGUGUUCUCUAAACUCAAAUUAUAUUUAAACUUACUAUCUGUAAUGAGUUGUGGCAUAUUCUUAAAUCAAGGUCUUUAGAUUUGUGUUUUUAUUCCAGUAUUAAAAUAGUUACAAUAAUUUUGUUGUAAUGUCAGAAUUUUGUAAUCCCCUUUUAAAAUGUAUCCCUGAUAUUGGAAAAUUGAUAAGAAGUACUUUUGCCAUGGCUGUGAUGUAAAAAUGUAACAGGAAAAAAAAGAGGACCUGAAGCCAACCACUAUGAAAGCAGCCAGGGAAACGUUCUACAGAAAAGUCUAUGAGAGUCCUCCAAGGACCACAACUCUGUGCCAAGCAAUCCUCUGCUGAACUUAUGGCUACCUCUUCUUAUCCCAGUCAUCCAUACAAAUCCAAGCCACCAGACCCCUUCCCCCAUCCAUGCUCGCCCUCUUCUGCCUUGGAUACCGCUCUCAUAAAAGAAUCCUUUCAGAUGGAGACUCAGUUCGUAUGGAGGCAGGAAGAAGGUUUUUCUUUUUGGUGGGGGGGAUCCUCGUAGGGAGGCUUUCUGGGGGUCAAUGCUAAAGCCUAUCUUUGUGUGGGAGAACGGACUCGGCCAUUAACAGCGAGGUCUCACACAUCAGCCUGUGCUCAUAAACGGUGCCAGUGGAGCAUUACCAUGACAAUGGGUGGGGAGGGGGCGGUCUUACACUCAGUCUAGGUCUCUCUGCUCUGUACCGCUAGAAGUGGGUGUCUGGACACACUCAGGAUAAUGACCACAUUCAAUCAAUGUUUGUGCAGGAUCGGGCGAAAAUGAUACGACAAUAUCUUUCGGAGCCUUUUAUUUAAGCGGUGACAUUUGUUUAAGUACUUCAAAACAUAUUUAUCUUUUAAACAGUGUAUCGGUUUAAACAUAUAGAUGCUUGAAUAUUAGUACACAAUCUUGAAGAGCCCCAGUAAGUCGUGUUUAAGAGGACACAAGCACACAAAUUGCGAGGCUUUUACAUUUUGUACGUGUACAUAGGUACAUCGUUGGUAAAAUGUGUCCUGAGAUGACCUCUUGAAAACGGUCAGAAGAGGACAGUCUUCUUUCUUGUGAUAUAUUGUCGAUAUUAGAUAUUUUUUUAUUUGCGUCUUGUUUUUAGAUUUCAAACACAGGAUCUUGUUAUUGUUUACAUGUUACAAUCGUCUUUAACCUAGACUGACUGACUGUAUUUUUGCUGUUGAGAACUUUAUGUUCUCACAGCGCACUGCAACACGUUCUCAGUCCGAAUCUUCCGACGUAUCAGGUUUGACUGAGAGGCAACGGCUGCAAAUUUGAAUGUACAAUGCUGUUAAAAAAUAAAGUGAAGAUGGAAACAAUA